AAACAUCUUGUUUUAAACUUACGAAAUUCAGAGGUCCUGUGACAUGGAGAAACUACAUAUCCCACAAAGCCAUUCGUGAAAAAAUGGUUUUUGAUUUUAGAGUUACAACUACAGGCCGGAGAGACAGUAUGACGUUUAAGAUAUGAGACUCUUGCAGUACUUGUCUGGGAACGUGUAGAUGGACUUCUGUAUUCCUUGUAAUACUUAGGGAGGCCGGUGUGGAUAACCUGCUGCUGCUGUAGCAGCUUUAGCUGGAGAAACGGGUUGUUUGGGGGGGAGAGUGCCAGCCACGCGCUUGGAUCACUGGCACCAGGGUGUACUGGUAGUCACAAACGAGGAGGUGGUGGUCGGUGACUGAGGCUGUGCCAUGGCAAACAAUGUAGCUUCCUCUGCAGUGGACUCCAAGGCAGAAUUGUCUACUUUAUUGGAACAGUGGGAGAAGGACCAUGGAAGCGGUCAUGACAUGGUUCCAAUUCUUACCAAGAUCUCUGAAUUGGUCGAGAAAGAAACUGAGGAAUACCAUAAGGCAGAUCCAGAUCCCUUUGAUGAUAGGCAUCCAGGUCGUGCAGAUCCAGAGUGCAUGCUAGGUCACCUCCUGAAAAUACUGUUUAAAAAUGACGACUUCAUGAAUGCACUGGUAAAUGCUUAUGUAAUGACAAGUAGAGAACCUCCACUGAACACUGCUGCUUGCCGUCUCCUGCUGGAUAUCAUGCCUGGACUGGAAACUGCUGUUGUUUUCCAAGAGAAGGAAGGAAUUGUUGAAAACUUAUUCAAAUGGGCACGAGAGGCACAGCAGCCAUUAAGGACUUACGCUACGGGCUUGCUCGCUGGAGCCAUGGAGAAUCAAGAUAUUGCUGCUAACUACAGGGAAGAGAACUCACAGCUGGUUCCAGUGAUGUUGCGUCGGUUGCGGGAACUAAAGGAGCAGGGCUGUGGUUUGAGCAGUCAAGAACGAGAAUCCUCCUCUUCCUCCUGUCUUGAGAAAGAUGGGAAUGAAAAUGUACUGCCUGUUGAUGAAGAGGCUCAAGAUAUGUUAUACAAAGAUGGAGAAGUGGAUGGAGAAUUUGUCAAGUCUGAAGAAAAUGAUUUCUCUCUUCAACUGAACUCUUCCCACAAAACAAGCAGCAGAGCAAACUCUGCCACCAAAAUUCCCACGGAGGAACUGCACAUUAGGAAACCAAAAGGUGGGAAGUUGGAACACUUAAAAAAAUCCAAGCAUAAACUUUGUUUCCCAGAUUCAGAGCGGACGUUCAGUGAGCUGUCCAACAGUAGUUGGUCAGAAAUGUCUCCCUGGGUUAUUGGCACAAAUUACCAUCUCCACCCACUUACGCCAGGCAUUGAGCAGAGGUUGAUUCUGCAGUACUUGACCCCACUUGGAGAGUACCAGGAGUAUUUAGCUUCACUUCUGCUACAUAAGAAGUUUGCUGCAGAAUUUGUGGCCCACAGUGGUGUUCAGAAAUUGUUGGAAAUUCCCAGACCCUCAAUGGCAGCAACAGGGGUCUCAUUGUGUUUGUACUACCUAGCCUACAAUCAGGAUGCCAUGGAAAGGGUGUGCAUGCUGCCCCCCAGCACAUUGGCAGAUGUAGUCAGAUACACCUUAUGGCUCUUGGAGUGUUCCCAUGCUUCUGGAUGCUGCCAUGCCACAAUGUUCUUCUCAAUAUCCUUUUCCUUCCGUGCUGUCCUGGAACUUUUUGAUAAGCAAGAUGGACUUCGACGACUUGUAAACUUGAUCAGCACAUUGGAGAUUCUGAAUCUGGAAGACCAGGGAGCUUUCUUAAGUGAUGAUGAAAUAUUUGCAAGUCGCCAAACAGCCAAACACACGUGUAUGGCAUUACGCAGGUACUUUGAGGCCCAUCUUGCCAUAAAGGUAGAGCAAGUAAAGCAGUCUUUACAAAGAGCAGAGGGUGGAGGAGUUCUCAUCCAUCCACAGCCACCCUACAAGGCCUGCUCGUACACUCAUGACCAGGUAGUGGAGAUGAUGGAAUUUCUCAUUGAGUUUGGACCAGCACGCAUGUACUGGGAGCCAGCAGAGCUUUUCCACAAGUUGUCGUGUGUACAGCUUAUGCUACAACUUAUUUCCAUUGCCAGUGACUGGAGGACUUAUUAUGGAAGGAGUGAUACUGUACGCUAUGCCCUGGAUGUACUGGCAAUCCUUUCUGUAGUGCCAAAAACUCAGCUCCUGCUGGCGGAAUCUGUUUCAGUAUUAGAUGAGUCGGGAUCUGUCACUUCGAAUGUAGGAAUGAGUAUUGUCCUAGAAGUUGCAGAAGGUGAAAUUUUUGUCAAUGAUGCAGAAAUUCAAAAGUCUGCUCUCCAGAUCAUCAUUAACUGUGUUUGUGGACCAGACAAGCGCAUUUCCAGCAUCAGCAAAUUCAUGGCUGGGACCCCAAGGAGGAAACUUCUUCACCAGCCUAAGAGCACUGAGCAUGUCCUCACCAAGAUGUGGAAUGUUGUACAGGCUAAUAAUGGCAUUAAAGUGCUCCUCUCUCUGUUGACCAUAAAGAUGCCCAUUACAGAUGCAGAUCAAAUCCGGGCCCUGGCAUGUAAGGCAUUAGUUGGAUUGUCCCACAGCAGCACUAUCAAGCAAAUCAUUGGCAAACUUCCCCUCUUCAGCAGUAGCCAAAUCCAGCAACUCAUGAAGGAGCCAGUUUUGCAGGAUAAAAGAAAUGAGCAUGUCAAGUUCUGUAAAUAUGCUGCUGAACUUAUCGAACGUGUCUCAGGGAAGCCCUUGCUGAUUGGGACUGAUGUAUCUCUGGCACGAUUGCAGAAGGCAGAUGUUGUGGCCCAGUCAAGGAUCACCUUUUCAGAAAAAGAACUGCUUUUGCUAAUUCGCAACCAUUUAAUUUCAAAAGGACUGCCAGAAACAGCUUCUGCACUAACUAAAGAGGCAGACUUACCUAUGACUGCUUGCUCUCAUUCUUCUGCUUUCACACCUGUCACAACUGCAGCAUCUCCUGUUAGUUUGCCACGAACACCACGCCUUACUAGUAAUGUUCCUUCUAAACCAAACUGUCAUUUGUCAAUCAAUUCAACCUCCGUUCAGGUGCAGGCUAAGCCUUGCACCUCACAGGGACAGCCUGCUCUCCCAGCACCUUCCCAUGCUACCAGUUCUGUAGUUGGUCGAAUUGUAUUUACUAAGGAAAGACCUUCUUCCUGCAGUGGACGAAAACUUAGAGUGUUAAGACAAAAGUCGGAUCAUGGUGCGUACAACCAAAGUCCAGCAAUUAAAAAGCAGUUGGACAGGCACUUGCCUUCACCACCUACGCUGGACAGUAUUAUCACAGAAUAUUUGCGGGAACAGCAUGCUCGCUGUAAAAACCCUGUUACCACUUGCCCUCCUUUCUCCCUCUUUAACCCUCAUCAGUGCCCUGAGCCCAAACAACGACGACAAGCACCAUUUAACUUUACAUCACGACUAACACGUAGGACAUCUUUUCCAAAGUAUGGAGGGGUUGACGGGGGAUGUUUUGAUAGGCAUCUUAUCUUCAGCAGGUUCCGUCCUCUGUCUGUGUUCAGAGAAGCAGAUGAAGAUGAAAGUGGGUUUACAUGUUGUGCAUUUUCAGCGAGGGAGCGGUUUCUGAUGUUGGGAACAUGCACAGGCCAACUGAAGCUUUAUAAUGUCUUCUCAGGCCAGGAAGAAGCUGCCUAUAAGUGUCAUAGCUCUGCUAUUACAAAUCUUGAACCAUCCAGGGAUGGUUCUUUGUUGUUAACUUCAGCUACGUGGAGUCAGCCACUUUCUGCACUAUGGGGGAUGAAAUCUGUGUUUGACCUAAAACAUUCCUUUGCAGAUGACCAUUAUGUAGAAUUCAGCAAGCUCUCUCAAGACAGAGUUAUUGGCACAAAAGUGGACAUGGCCCAUAUUUAUGACAUCCAGACAGGCCAGAACUUGGUAACUCUGUAUAAUUCUGACCUUGCCAAUAACUACAAGAGGAACUGUGCAACAUUUAACUCAACAGAUGACUUGGUUUUGAAUGAUGGUGUUUUGUGGGAUGUGCGGUCUGCUCAAGCCAUACACAAGUUUGAUAAAUUCAACAUGAACAUCAGUGGUGUGUUUCAUCCCAAUGACCAGGAGGUCAUCAUCAACACUGAGAUUUGGGACCUUAGAACUUUUCAUCUACUUCACACUGUACCAGCAUUGGACCAGUGUCGUAUUGUGUUCAACCACACAGGCACAGUUAUCUAUGGAGCGAUGCUACAGGCAGAUGAUGAAGAGGACAUGAUGGAAAAGCGAAUGAAAAGUCCUUUUGGGUCUUCAUUCCGAACAUUUGAUGCAACUGAUUACAAGCCAAUAGAAUCAAGGUAAUCUAGAUACACUGAACAUGGACACUGUAUGUCGCUUGUAUGAAGUGGGCAGGCAGCGACUUGCAGAGGAAGAAGAUGAGGAAGAAGAUCAGGAGGAGGAAGAGCAGGAGGAAGAUGAUGAUGACGAUGAUUCUGAUGAUGACUUAGAUGACCUGGAUACAGAUCCACUUUUGGAGGUGGACUUGGAUGAAGAUGAGAAUAAUGAGAACGAGAAUGCCGCUGAGAACGAGUUCUCGCAGUCAGAUGAUGAACUGAACAACCUGCUGGCUGAGGAUGGCGAUGGAGACGACGACGAUGACGAGGAUGAGGACGAUGAUGACGACGAUUCUGACGUUGAUGUGGAUUUGCUUCUUGGUGAUAACCUUGACCCUAAUGGCUCUGAUAACUCAGAUGGAGAAGAUGAAGCUAUGCUGUCCUCGAGUGAGUGAAUGCUGUUGGGUUGCCUGCAGAUACAGAGGUCCACUUUCAGAAGAUCACCAGCAACAAAUGAACAUGGGAUCAUGAAGUAGUUCCAUCCUACAAAAAAGCAAUGCAGAGGGGGCAUAAUGGCCCUCCCAAAUGGAAGCUUUCAACUCUAGUCAGAUUGGAAGGUUACAUUUCAAGUGGUCUGAGUAGUCCUAUCUAGAAAGGGGAAAAGUAAAUGCAACAAUUUUUUUGCAUUAGUUUUGUUUUUAUACGAAGACCAUUGCAGAUAGUUUUAUUAAGAUAAGUGUGUUUACUGACAUGGAGCUUAAACAGAAUGAAUUCUGGCACCAUUGUGCUAGGAUAUAGGUACUGUACAUUGUAUUUAAUUUUGUGGCCCGUAAUAUAGCCCUGUGUAAGAAAUGAAGAGGAUAGUAUGGAAUAUUACUUGUCUGUCAAUUUUAUCAGCUUAUUUUUAGGGGUGGGGGAUGGUAUUAUAGCACUGUUUGCCUGGGCUCUGAUCUGACCCAUUGUCAUUACUUGGAUUUCUAAGAUAAAAAAUCAAACUUGCACUUAUGCUGUGUGGGUAUGUGGUAACCACCGGUCAGAGAAACAGGGCAAUAAAUAAAAGUAUUGACAGUCCUUAGUCUGAAGAUCUCUGAGGAGACCAGACCCUGUGUUAGCGCCUAAGCACCAAUUUUUUUUCAGAUUGUUUGGAAAAGUAUCUGGGCUUUAGCUGUCGUCACUGUGUGAGCAGCAGCAGACCCAGUGGGGGCUUUUUGAGUGUUUAUUUCUGUAAUGUAAUUUGUGUUUAUAAAGAACUGAUGAAAAAUA